GGUCGCGCAGUGCGGGCGGCGUGCGCGGCCGCGUGGGCCAUGGGGCGGCGGUCGCGGGGCCGGCGGCUCCAGCAGCAGCAGCAGCGUUCCGAGAGCGCGGAGGACGGCGGAAAGCGCAAUGGGGCGGGCUGGGAAGGCGGCUAUCCCGAGAUCGUCAAGGAGAACAAGCUGUUCGAGCACUACUACCAGGAGCUCAAGAUCGUGCCGGAGGGCGAGUGGGACCAGUUCAUGGGAGCGCUCAGGGAGCCUCUCCCGGCCACUUUAAGAAUUACCGGUUACAAGAGCCAUGCAAAAGAGAUUCUCCACUGCUUAAAGAACAAGUAUUUCAAGGAACUGGAGGACCUGGAGGUGGAUGGGCAGAAAGUUGAAGUUCCACAGCCCUUGAGUUGGUAUCCUGAAGAACUUGCCUGGCACACAAAUUUAAGUCGAAAAAUCUUGAGAAAGUCUCCACAGCUGGAAAAGUUUCACCAGUUUCUGGUCAGCGAAACUGAAUCUGGAAACAUCAGCCGUCAGGAAGCCGUCAGCAUGAUCCCACCGCUAUUGCUGAAUGCCCACCCUCACCAUAAGAUCUUAGACAUGUGUGCAGCUCCCGGGUCAAAGACCACACAGUUGAUUGAAAUGCUGCAUGCGGACAUGAACGUCCCCUUCCCAGAGGGCUUCGUCAUCGCCAACGACGUGGACAACAAGCGCUGCUACCUGCUGGUGCACCAGGCCAAGCGGCUGGGCAGCCCCUGCAUCAUGGUGGUCAACCACGACGCGUCCUGCAUCCCGCGCCUGCAGGUGGACGUCAACGGCAGGAAGGAGGUCCUCUUCUAUGACCGCAUCCUCUGUGACGUCCCUUGCAGUGGAGAUGGCACAAUGAGAAAAAACAUUGAUGUCUGGAAGAAGUGGAGCACCUUAAACAGCUUGCAACUACAUGGUUUACAGCUACGGAUCACAACGCGGGGCGCUGAGCAGCUAGUGGAGGGGGGCAGGAUGGUGUACUCUACGUGCUCGCUGAAUCCCAUCGAGGAUGAAGCUGUCAUAGCGUCUCUACUGGAAAAGAGUGAAGGUGCUUUGGAGCUCGCCGAUGUGUCCUCGGAGUUGCCAGGACUGAAGUGGGUGCCUGGGCUCUCGCAGUGGAAGGUGAUGACAAAAGAUGGGCAGUGGUUUGCAUCCUGGGACGAUGUCCCCCACAACAGACACACCCAGAUCCGGCCGACCAUGUUCCCCCCAAAGGACCCUGAGAAGCUGCAGGCCAUGCACCUGGAGCGGUGUCUUAGAAUAUUACCGCAUCAUCAGAACACUGGAGGGUUCUUUGUGGCGGUGUUGGUGAAGAAGUCUUCAAUGCCAUGGAAUAAACGUCCCCCAAAGCCACAGGGUGAACCAGCAGAGCCACGGGCCCCCGUCCCCCCGAGCCCUGCGGAGCCCACGGCGGGCUGCGCCUCCACCCCCUCGGAGCUGGAGAGCAAGCUGGCCCCUGGAAUCAGUGACACAGGAGCAACGGAGAGCGCGGAGGACACGGACGGCAGUGGGAGUAGGAGGGGCGGCGUGUGUGGCCCUCCUCCGUCCAAGAAAAUGAAGCUGUUUGGGUUUAAGGAAGAUCCUUUUGUGUUCAUUCCCGAAGACGAUCCGCUGUUUCCACCUAUCCAGAAAUUUUAUGCUUUGGAUCCCUCGUUCCCAAAGGCGAAUCUGUUAACUCGUACCACGGAAGGAAAGAAGAGGCAACUGUACAUGGUGUCCAAGGAGCUGCGAAACGUGCUGCUAAACAACAGCGAGAGGAUGAAGGUCAUUAACACUGGGAUUAAAGUCUGGUGUCGAAAUAACAGCGGUGAAGAGUUCGACUGUGCUUUCCGGUUGGCGCAGGAGGGAAUAUAUACGUUGUAUCCAUUUAUUAACUCAAGAAUCAUCACCGUAUCCAUAGAAGACGUCCAAGUUCUGUUAACCCAGGAAAACCCGUUCUUCAGGAAGCUCAGCAGCGAGGCCUACAGCCAGGUCAAAGACAUGGCCAAGGGCAGCGUUGUCCUGAAGUACGAGCCGGACCCCACGAAGCCGGACGCGCUGCAGUGCCCCAUCGUGCUGUGCGGCUGGCGCGGCAAGGCCUCCGUGCGGACUUUCGUGCCCAGGAACGAGCGGCUGCACUACCUGCGCAUGGUGGGGCUGGACGUGCCGGUGGGAAAGAAGCGAGAGGGCGGCGCUGGGGCGCCCGGGGCCGGUGCGGGCAGCCCCGCGGAGCCGGAAGACGGGGCCGGUGCUGAGCAAGAGGCCGUCCCGGACGCCGCCUCAGGCGGGGACCCGGCGGAGGCUGGCCUGCCCCGGUGAGCCGCGGGGGCCCUGAACACCAGAUCUAGGACGUGCCUGUGAAGACGGAGCUGACAGGAGGCCUGGUCUCCGAGUGAUCCCAGGACUCCCUUCACGUGGGGCUGACGGAAAGUUCCUUUUUAGCUUCUUAGUAAGUGCUCACUUUGUUUCUUCGGCAAAGUUGAUCCGCUGUGCCUGUGGCUGGAAACAGACUUGGAUCGUUAGAAGUCUUACUCUGCCUCGAAAUGUAACUGCCCUGGCGGGAAGUUUCAGGUCCUGUUUGUUAUGCCUGUAUUGGUCUUAAGGCCCAGAACCUCUUUUUAAGUGUUAUUUAUAGAGAGAACCUGUCACUACUUCCAGAUCAUUGGAAGACUGUGCUGUCAGUGUUAAUAAUUGUAUUGAGUUGCACGUGAGUGUGACUUGUAUGCGGUGGGGUUAACAUCUGAGGUGUCAGAUGACUUUCUGUGCCUUUGUAAUAAAGGGUAAAACAAACUUUAUCUCACAGUAAGAGCUUAUUGUGAGUUGUGAUACUAGUUAUGAGGGUUUCGUGUGCUUUUAUUGGAAUGCUCUGCAAUUAAAUAAUUUUUAAAUGGGGUUUGGGAUCCUUGGAAAGUUUAAAUAAAGAAAUA